CUGAUGAUGAUUUAAUUGUCAUAUGUGGAGGGCAAGAUGGCGCUGCACAGCCUUUUCAAAUAUACAUUUCCUCGCUGGGGAAUGCACAGGCGAUGACAGCUGUAUUGGAUACACAGAAAUGGAUAUGGAAAAUUCCGGUCGCUUCACCCAACCAACCCUUUCCACGAUCUUUUGCUGCUGCAUUGCUCGUAAAUAAAUCACAGAUGGUAUUUGGCUUUGGUCUAAACUAUCAGACGAUAUAUGACGGCCUCUACGUAUUUGAUUCAAUACAAGGAAAAUGGCUAGGACAAGCUAUUGAUGAAGAGCCGGUACAUCGUACAGAGCAAAUGUGUGUUGCAUUUGUGAGCAUGAUGAUCGUUUUUGGCGUUGUCAGUGGGGUGCUACUUCUUUUGGGAUGCUACACGCUAGCAAGACUACGUUUUUCUUUCCGUUUCCGAAAUGUGGCAAAGCGAAUCAAAGUGUUACUUUGGAGUCCACGCGCUGGAGAACCCUUUUGGGCAGAAAUCACGCGGACACUUUGUGGAUUAUUAUUCUUUGCCAUAUUUACUGCGGUAGUAGUGAUAAUUGUACUCCAAAUUCGAAACAGUCCAAUUAUUGACGAGAAGUAUUACACACAUAAUAAGGACUACACCAUCGACGUCCCUGAUAUCCGCUUUUGUUUUGAUGGAUGGUCUCCCGGGGAAAGCCCAAUCGUUCACUGUUCCACUGAUUAUGGCACACCUUGCUCACAGUUUAUGGUCAACAUGACAACCAAUAUUGAAACAGGGCUAAACUACUACGGCGAUCCGCUCACAUGUUUCUUAUUUCGAGCACCACCGUCGGUCAACUUUCGGCUUGGACGGACAAGCGACCGUCAUGGCCAAGGCUCAUACCUAAAGUUCCAUUACUAUGGAGAGCCGCCUGAUAGCAAUGUGUCGCGAGUACAUGUUGCUUUUUAUCACAAGCUCCACGAUCCUAAUCUUCCCGUGUAUCACGUUCUGGAUGAUGAUCCGAAUUUUCAAUGGUACGGGCCCGAAGAGAACGCCGAGUUUCAGUCGACCGAGCAAGAGAAUUUAAGGACGAAAAAUGCAUACGACCUGGAAGCAGACAAGGUUACUAUCAGUAGCUAUGAGCUCAUUGAGCGACAAGAUAUAAAGACAGACAACGUAUGGAACUAUGCAGGGGUAGGCACCAUCCGACAAUCACAGUAUAAUAUAAAUUGCGGAGCCAUGACUGAGCCGGAUAACGCACGCUUUCUCAGUGAUCCCCAGCCUCUGGGAGCCUUGCAUGUCUUUCCUAAAGAUUAUCAAGUGACAGUGAUGCGUGAGCAGCGAGCAUUCACGCUUGUGAACGGCAUGGGAGUCGUUGGUGGUAUCUUCGGUCUGAUUAUUGGAUUACAGGCAUGCUUAUUUGGAUAUCGUCCAAGAUCUCCCUGGGGCGUUGUCCAUCGUUGGUCCAUAGGCCAGUUGCGUCGGUCAUUGCUGGACGGUUUAAAAAGGAAAUUUCCAGAAGCGGUCAAUGUGCCUAUCGUACAUCCAGUGCACCGUCGGUUUUCAAUUGCUGUCGCACGUUCACAUAAAAAUAAGAAGAUCGAGGACGACAACGACGAGCAUCUAAAAUUACCAAAGCGUUCAAACACAGAGCCGGCUAGUUGGCAAAAGAGUAAAAUGGAGCCCACAAUCCAUCAAAAGCAGUUCUUUGCGAGCGAUGAAUACGAAGAUGAAACAGCUGCCGGUAAUGAUAGCGAAGAAGACGAGGCAAGCCGUAUGGCAAAGUUAGAAGAGCGGUUGCACGUGUUUGAGCUACUGUUUCAGGCUUAUUAUAUAAAUGAUGAAGUAUUCCAGUCUCUAGCAUUUGCUCUCAAAUCCAUAAUACCAUCUGCCCCCGAGCCAUGAAUAGGCGUGAUCAGCAUCCCUUGGAUGCUCCAAGAUAAGCCGCUAUUCCGCCAUCGUUACUAUCUCCACCGUCAUUCUUCCUGUAAUAUACAACUUUCGAAACGAUCAACACUGUUGCUCAUUCUGUACACCACCCUAUCUACAUAUGUUUUACCUUCCCUACACAUCGUUUUUUCCUCAUCAGAUACAUUCAGUUUCCGUCUUUAAUCUCCUAACGAGUCUUAUAAUAAACUGUUACCUUUCUCAAAAAUUAUAAAAGUUUCUCGUGAAUAAAAAGACCAGUGCA